AAGCUGUUUAAGUUAAUGUCUAUAUUUUUUCAUGCACAAAAGACACAGAAUAGGUAGCACAAUAAACUCUGCAGUAGAGAAGCGACAAGCCUGACAUCAUUUUGUGUGUUUGUAGCAUUUGUGUAGAACGCCCGACGAGCGGCUUACUGUUUUCCGCAAACAAACUGAGAAUAGGACCAAUUUCUGUGAAAACGAAUUGAAACUCUACCAUGGCGUUAAAGACCUACGGCGAUAAACCGAUAAGUUUUCAGGUGGAAGAAAAUGGAGAAUAUUACUGCGUCGGUUCGGAGGUUGGCAACUACUUGCGCCUCUUCAGGGGCAGUUUGUACAAGAAGUAUCCGGGCAUGUCCCGGCGCUUGCUGACCAACGAAGAGCGCAAACGGUUGCUGGAUUCCGGCAUCAGCAACCAUCUGCUGUCCAGUUCCGUUUCAUUGCUUAAAGCGACCGAAGUGCAGGAUGUUCUCGAUGGAAAUGAUGAAAAGUAUAAGGCCGUGUCCGUGCACACCUCCGAGCCUCCAGCGCCGAGAGAAAGCAAAUCGAGCAAGAAGCAACCUCCGUGGGUUCCAACAAUGCCUAACUCUAGCCACCUCGACGCUGUACCGCAGGCAACGCCAAUUAAUCGGAAUCGAGUGUACAACAAAAAGGUGCGCACUUUUCCGAUGUGCUUCGAUGACACUGAUCCGACGCUGAACGUGGAGAAUGCAUCUCAGACCGAAAUCUUGGUUCCGAUUCGACUGGAUAUGGAAAUAGAAGGUCAAAAGCUGCGAGAUACGUUCACAUGGAACCGGAACGAAUCCAUGAUCACACCGGAACAAUUUGCCGAAGUACUGUGCGAUGAUCUGGACCUCAACCCGACGCCGUUCGUUCCAGCGAUUGCGGCAGCCAUACGGCAACAGAUUGAGGCGUACCCGAACGAGCCGGUCGUGCUGGAGGAAGGUUCCGAUCAGCGUGUUUUAGUAAAGCUAAACAUUCAUGUCGGCAAUACAUCACUGGUCGAUCAAGUCGAAUGGGACAUGGCGGAGAAAGAGAACAAUCCAGAGGAGUUUGCUAUUAAGCUGUGCGCAGAACUGGGAUUGGGAGGCGAGUUUGUUACGGCCAUCUCUUACUCCAUCCGUGGCCAGCUGUCGUGGCAUCAGCGCACCUAUGCAUACAGUGAAACUCCCCUGGCCACGGUGGAAGUGCCGUUCCGUACACCGAGCGAAGCAGAUCAGUGGGCACCGUUUCUCGAGACGCUUACGGACGCGGAGAUGGAAAAGAAGAUACGUGAUCAGGAUCGAAACACACGACGCAUGCGGCGUCUGGCUAACACCUUUACCUAAGCUACCAUCGGGAGUUGUUUUCGAUCAAGCAUCUCAUCACCAUCCAUCUGGCAAAUUCUUUCCAAGAUUCUAUACAUUUUUGUGCGUAUUAACAUAAGUAUAACUAUCAAUCAAUAAAAGGAUCACAUCGAUUCGAACGAA